ACUUUAUAAAUGUAAGUGCUGUUGCUAAACAUGUCAAUACUGUAGAUGCAUACUUUCAGAAAAGUGUCUGCCCUGUAGGACAUUGUACAUCAGUACAUUUCGGCUACUGUUAAAUUAUGGGGUUGUUACUGAAAGAUAAACUAAUUGCCAGUGGUUUUUUCCCCCCAAUAUUAAAGCUUUCGCACAAAAUGGCAAGCUUUCACGAACCUAGUAGAGCAAAAUAUGUUUAUGACGGUACCUAUACAAUCCUCUGGUGAAAACCUCUCUUACAGUUUUACGUUCAGUAUCAACCCGUCAUCCACUGCUAAAAAGACAAAGGAGGGGCAAUGCUCUUUUAUCUUUCAUUUAUGUGACAUCAUACUUGGGAAAUAGAAAGCGAAAAUGGGAAUAGUGGCAGGAAAGGGGGAUAUGCUGUCACAGAGAGAAAGAACACAGUAAGUGAGCCGACACGGAGAAGGGCAAUAGCGACGUCUCAGUCUGUCACCCUACCAAGCUGAUAUUUGUGACAAAGACGGCAAUAGCAGUAGAAAGAUGAACAGAAGCACACCUCAGAGGGGAUCAUCCUCCAGGAGACAGAGCUCAGUUCCAUCCACACCUUCUGGAGCACCAGACAACCCCAUCCACCCCCAUCCACCUCCAACCUAGCCUGGGCAGAGAGGCAGAGGAGGGUGGGUUUCUGGACGGAGAUGAAGGUAGCCCUAUAGAGGACUCUCAGACUGGGGAAUUGCUGGGUCAGGAUGAUGGAAAUGCCAGUACCCCAGCCACACUCACCUCACACCUCCCUAGGCAGAGACCACACCUGGCAGGAGCUCAUUUUUCAGCAGCUGCUCAAUUUAGAACUCCGGAACAAACCAGGGGACGAGCUGGCCCCGAUCUCCCCAGAGCUGGCUCGUUGGAUCAGGCUUCGGGCCCAGGACCUUAAGCUCCGCCAGAGUGACCGGCAGUGGGCCGUGGACCUGGUCAACCAUCUCCGGGAAAGCCUGCUGGUCUUCCUCAAGAACAGUGACGAGCAGCCCUACUUCCAGUCAGCCUCUGUGCUCAGCAGUGGCUCAUACUACGAGAUGGUCAAGAUACUCAACCCAAAUGAGUUUGACAUGAUGCUGAAGCUCCAGUCUCCUUCCCGCCUCAAAAUGACUGAGCUGGACCAAUACCAUGGCCUCUUCUACGAAGUCGCCCUAUCCCGUUCAACGCGUUCCCACAUACGGUCUUUCCUUUUGGACGAUGGGCUCACCAUCUCAGCCAGCAAGAUCAUAAGUGAAAUGCACCGUCUGGUCCGCAAGUUCAUCAGCACCUACAGAGUGCCUGGAAAUAGCUGGCGUUGGGUGAUGAAUAGGAAGCGUCCAAACUCACCAGCGGUGACCCUUUCCCUGUUGGAGGUGGAUAAUGGGAAACAGGAACUACUUUCUGUGGAUGUGGUGCCCGCCCUGGAAGUGCCUUCCUCACAGGGCUGGCCUCUGGCUGCCCGCGCCGGCCCAGAUGUGGACAACUGGCUGGGGAAGAAGACCCGGCGCUCUCUCACCCACCAAACUUGCUUCUUUGUGCCCAAGAAACCCCCAGGACGAAACCUUAGUGAGGCAGCUAAAGAGAGUUGGAGGAUUUCCUUUUCUCACAUAGAAAAGGAACUGAUCAAGGCUCAUGGGAACAAGAGGACCUGCUGUGAGACCUCUGCCACCAAGUGCUGCCGUAAGCAGUGCUUCAAGAUCCUGAUCGAGGGACUGAAGCAACGCUACCCUCAAGAGCUGGAUGCUCUGUGCUCCUACCACGGGAAGACAGCCUUCCUACACACCCUCUCGAUCAGGGCCCAGGACUCCCUGUGGACGCCCCGUCAGCUGCCUGCCUGCUUCAUGUACCUCCUAAGGGCCCUGGAGGGCCACGCAAGCAGUGGUCUGCUCCCCCACUUCUUUGUCCCCACCUCCAACCUCUUUGCCCCACCAACCUUCCCGCGCAAAGCUUUGGUGUUUCUGAUUGAGGCUCUGGAGGAGCAGAGGAGACAGGGGCUUCCCCUUUUAAUGCCCCCGGCUCCUGCCCCACCACUGGCAGUGCACUCCCACAGUGACUCCCAGCCCCAGCUUUCCCCUGUUGUACAGCAGACUCCUGUUAUCCAGUAUCCUGUUAUCCUGCCACCCCAAGUUGUUGAGAUGAAAUCCUUUGAGCAAAUGUUCAAAAUUGUGGCUUUGGUUGUGGUUCUUGUCUAUGUUUGUUACCUCCUGUAGAGGUGUCUGUCCUGCCCAUCGGUGGUAGGAAGGUGGCAGAGACAGUCUAUCUACAGCAGAUGGUGGUAAAAUGACAUGCAGCUGUAGAAAAUGGUAUGCCAUUUUGAAACAGUAUAACAUAGGAUAGGAUUCCAGAUUUGUAUUUCUCUCUAAAUCAUGUCUUUGCUCUAGACAAACACAAUGAAACAUUUAGCCCAAAAGUAAAAAUGUUGUAUUUGUAUAUACCGUGCAUUCGGAAAGUAUUCAGACCCCUUCCUUUUCCCACAUUUUGUUAUGUUGCAGCCUUAUUCUAAACUGUUCCUCAUUAAUCUAGACACAAUA